AUGCUGCUGACUUUCUGCCCCCGCUGGAUCACCUAUGAACACAUCUCCCACGGCCCCUCGCAUCUCGAUUCGGGCUGCGCCAUGCUCGCGCACCUGCGGCAUAACGAAAAACAGCCCAAGGACUCGCCUGAUCACUGGUGUGACCACGGCGCAUGCGCGGCACGCUCUCGCACAAGAAGCAGGUCGACCUUGAGCGUCCGUGCAAGGGCGCGAAGUGCACGAACAGGGACAUCAGGCCCGGCGGAACACAUCUCCCACGGCCCCUCGCAUCUCGAUUCGGGCUGCGCCAUGCUCGCGCACCUGCGGCAUAACGAAAAACAGCCCAAGGACUCGCCUGAUCACUGGUGUGACCACGGCGCAUGCGCGGCACGCUCUCGCACAAGAAGCAGGUCGACCUUGAGCGUCCGUGCAAGGGCGCGAAGUGCACGAACAGGGACAUCAGGCCCGGCGGCAACUACGACAUGGCUUGAGCAACUACGACAUGGCUUGAGCAACGAAGAGGACGAGUACAAGGAGAGUUUCCUGUGCGAGGUGCCCAUCAAGGACAUCUCCCCAGAAGAGCGAAGCCCCCGAGAUGCAGCGCCUGCAGCUCUUCGCGUGGCAGUCGCAGAACCGCAGCCGCAAGGGGCACCUCGACGCGAACACGACCGCGCGGCGAGCUCCUGCACGAGGAUUAUCAAGAAGAAGGCGCUCAAGGGCAUGGCGAAGAACAGCAUCCUGAUACCUCGAGGUGCCGAACUAGCCGCUGCAGGGCCAGACGGAGGAGGACAUCGAGUACUCCUGCACAGGUGCAGGGCAAACUGCGAUCUGCGCUCUAGCAUUGCAAUGGCCAGGUGCAUAACGAGGCGUUCGAGUGUUGCGAGACGUGCAAUCUAUUGUCUGCAGAUGGGCACGUAUCCUCCAGAUCAACUGGAUCACUGGAACCAGUCUGCCGGUGCCCAUCUCAUCUGGACCAACGAAGCGAGCUGA